AUGCGAAGAAGACAAAGAGCAGCUUACGCUGCGCUCGAAAAUCCUAUAGAAUUGGAAAAUGACUUGGAUCCAGUUGAAGAAAAACUACGAACACAAAUGGAACAAGAGAAAAGGACCUACAAAAGCACCAUUGACCAUCUGAAAACAUUACGCACUGAGAUUGAGCACUUGCAGCUGUUGUUGGAGAGGACAAAUGUCAAGAUCCAGAGGGACUUCCAGAAAUGGUGGAGUGAGGAAGCGUCACGAGCUCAGGAAUCAGAAGCCAUGGAUAAGAAUGAGGCUGCAUUGUUGACCAGACACACAUCUCCUCGUUCGUCCACAUCCAGUGAAUCUGAAGCUGCACUAAAUACUCAGGAUUACCACGCUAGACCAGCUCCAGAUUUUCAUCCUGCGAAUCGUUCAGAAGACUUCAGAAGCCAAACGCCACAAAGAGGACCUCCUGCUGUUCCAGUUUGGGUUGGUCUGACUCAGGCUACGAUCUCUGACAAGACGGACUCUUCUCAUCUCAGGGAUCUAUCUGCAACCAGUUUUGCAUCUUCAUCCAUCCCUCUGACCGGAGACAAGAAAGCAGAUGCAGACAUUAUGGCCUUUGUAAAAGCCAGAGAGAAACUCCUGCAGAAAACCAGGCAACCACAAUGA